AAAUGCGCAGCCGUUCGAAAACAAAUUUAUAAUUUAAAAAAAAAAACCUUUCAUUCUAAUUUUUCCCUCCCUCUUCUUUCCCCUCCCCUUUGCAACAUACAUACACAUAUAUACAUACACACAUAUACGCCACAUAUGCACACACACACACACACGCACACACACACGUAUAAACACGCAUUACACAUGCACACGCACCCUUAUAUACACACACAGACACACACACACACACACACACACACACACACAUAUACAUGCAUAUACAUACAUAUACACACACAUACAUCACACCUACACAAAACCGCCCCCGUGCGCGCAAAAACGACCACCCACGCACAAUUCGUCUUAUUAUCACAUUCUAACAAAUCUGUAUUAUUUCUUCGAAGGACGUAAAAAAACGUCAAAACAUAAACAUGUAAAGUUGUAAA